UAUCGACCUGGACUAGACCUUGUUGUGAAGUCUUUGAAUGCCAGGAUUGGACCGCAUGAGAAAGUAGGCAUAGUGGGAAGAACAGGAGCAGGGAAAUCAUCCGUAGCGCUUGCGCUGUUUCGGGUGAUAGAGCCUUAUGAAGGUAGAAUUGUCAUCGAUGGUAUAGACAUCACUAAACUAGGAUUACAUGAUCUAAGGAGCCAUUUGACAAUCAUACCACAAGAUCCUGUUCUCUUCUCAGGAACACUUCGUUUUAACCUGGAUCCAUUUGGUAACUACACCGACACCGAAAUAUGGAGUGCCCUUGAAAUGGCAAAUCUGAAGGCUUUUGCUUUGGAACAGCAGGGUCAGUUGAACUGCGUCAUUACAGAGGGAGGAGAAAAUAUCAGCGUGGGUCAGCGGCAGCUAGUGUGCCUAGCCCGUGCACUACUCCGAAAAACACGUGUUCUUGUACUGGACGAGGCAACCGCUGCUGUCGACAUGAGCACGGAUGCUCUUAUUCAGCGCACAAUUCGGCGAGAGUUUUCAGACAGCACUGUUCUGACAAUUGCUCACAGACUCAACACUAUAAUGGACUAUGACAGAAUAAUCGUGUUGGAUGGAGGUCGUAUCUGCGAGUUUGAUGACCCGUCUAAGCUUAUCAACAACAAGAUGUCAGUGUUUUAUGCUUUGGCAAAAAAUGACUGGGAUAGU